AUGCCGCUGGGAGUUUUGGGCUACCGCGGCGUCCGCACGCGCCCCUCCGGCGUCUUCUCCGCCGAUACCCGGUCCGGCGACAUGCGCCUCGGCCUCGACACUUUUGAGACCGCCCACGAGGCCGCCCGCGCGUACGACGCCGCAGUGUGGCGCCCCUGGUGGCCACGCAGGGACAUGAACUUCCCCAAGUGCCGACGCAGGAGCUGGCGCAAGAGCUCGCGCCUCCCCCGCGGCUUAUCACCGACGAGGAUCGUCGCGACAACCGGAGGUGGGAGCGCCGUCUCACCCUCGCCGAGAUGGACGAGGAAGCCAUGGAGCUGUGGCGCCAACUGUUGGGGAACGUAG